AUGGAGGGAUUUUCAAGUCCUAGCGAAGAAAGCAAGUCUACAAUCUGUUUGUCACCGCAGGAAAAACUCGUGAGUGCUGCUGGACAGCGUACUAAGCGCUCGCACUCUGGAAGUGUUUUAGCUACUACUGAAGUCAAGGUAGCGCGCUUAGACGAUAUGCAAAAGAGCGAAUCAGAGCCUUGUUUGGACGGUUGGAUCAGUGAUGAUUAUCUACGUACCAUGGACUUUGACGACCGUUUAAGUCAAGACAUUGACUGGGUGGCACACGACGAAAUGGAUCUAGCGCUGAGUAUGGACACGCUACCACCGGAACACGUCACAACUGAUGACGUCAAUGACUUUAGCUUUGGUCCAUCGUUUCUUCGCGGCAGCUUAACGUUGGAAGAUCCUGCAGAGAUGUCGUCUAUUUUUGAUCCAGUCUACAUCUUUUCAGAGCCAAUUAGCACGAAGGAUGCAGAAACGCUUCUUAUGAGCUUUGACACGAUGAAUUUCAAGAUUCCGUCACCAACAAGUACCACGAGCAAGAAACGCACUAGUAUCUUUUCGAAUAAACACUUGGAGCCAGAGCAGACUGUGUCUUCAAAGACAACAGAGUCAGCAAAUACCUCGAGUGGACCCGAGUCAUCUGCGACUGAAGAGUUGCGUAUGGAACAGACUCACGUAAAUGCAGCCAACAAUUCAGUGACUUCUCUUCUCAGCGUUCUUGACAUUAGAACGCAUACGACUCUUUCGAAUCCGACAGAGAAGAAGAUUGGUUCGUACAGCCCAAAAGCGCGCAAAUUACGUCUUCAGAAAUUCCAUGAAAAGCGCAAAAAUCGCACAUGGAAGAAAAGUAUCAAGUAUGACUGCAGAAAGAAAUUAGCGGACGACCGUCCGCGUAUUAAAGGCCGUUUUGUGCGGGUGCAUGAAAAUGCUAGUGCGGAGACUAACGUAGCAUCUUGUAGUGCUACGCCAUUGGAUUCGAUGGCUGGUUAUGCAUCUCCAAAAUCACCAACAAACUCGAUACUUUCGCCGGCAAUGGUACCUGCAGCGAAGGUUCAAGUGCCUCGAGUAGCCACACCUUUGCUCACUCCGCAGACACCUGCAGCUUCAGUGCCCAAGCCAACGUCUUCUAGUGCAACAUCGUUGAGUUUCGCACGAAUAAUUGCAAGUGUAUGA